GGGAGCGGAGAUGGACGUGGCACCGGGCUGGGCCUCAGCGGUGGGUUUCACGCUCCUGCCCCACGCAGGAGGGUUCCUGGGAAGCCGGAUAACCCGGAGGGAGGUGCCGCUGUGGUACGAGUCUCUGCAGAAGCCGUCCUGGCGCCCACCAAACUGGGUGUUUGCUCCCGUCUGGGGAACCCUCUACACAUCUAUGGGGUAUGGCUCCUACCUGGUGUGGAAGGAACUGGGGGGCUUCAGCGAAAAGGCGGUGGUUCCUCUGGGGCUGUAUGCAGGGCAGCUGGCACUGAACUGGGCAUGGACUCCAAUAUUUUUUGGAGCUCACAAAAUGGGAUGGGGGUUGGUGACUCUCCUGCUCACGACUGGUACGGCAACAGCUACAACUGUUUCCUGGUACAACAUCAGCAGAACAGCAGCUUAUUUGAUGGUUCCUUAUUUAGCCUGGCUAACCAUGGCUUCUGCACUCAAUUACCGUAUCUGGAAGGACAAUCGCAAGGAGAAACAAUCUGAAUAAACAGUUUUCUGCCAAAGAGAUACUUUUUGUUUUCCCACAAGCACCUUCUAUAUAAAGUUAUAGCCUUAUUUUAUUUUUAGCUGAACUACUUAUACCAUUAGUUUGCUAAUUACAAGUUGACUUGUUUAAAACAAAUACGCCUUUACUCAACAAGUCAAAGGGGUGUAUGCCUGAUAGGUUUUAUAGCAAACUAAAAGACAGUGCUGACUGAAAAGUACUAAUUUUCUAGAUUACAGCAUUAUACUUUAUAAGACAACAGCAUUUAAACUAUUACCAGAAAUAAGCGUGAACUCCAACUUCAUCAUGUUCAGAGGAAGAAAUCCAGCCAUAUAUUAACCCAGCUUCCAGAAUGCUGCUCCUGACGGUGUCAGGCAGGACUGUGGCCUGAGUCUUCCACAUUUACCACUAGACACAGUGCCUUAGUGCUGUGAUGUGUCCCACUACACAGCCAGAUCUUUAUCUUCUGGCCACUGCACUCUGGAAACCUUUAAGACGAGAUCUUUUUCACAAUUUGUGCCGUCCUGCUUUGAAGUGUUGUACAAUCUGGUGUCAGUUAAAUGCAUUAAACUAAAUGUAAGCUUA